GAGCACGCAAACUAAAAUUAACAGUAACCCUUAGGCCUAUAUGCAUUGGGUGGCGCUGUGGAGCGUGCAGUGGAAACCAGUUGAUUGUGUUUGAUGACAAAAUGGCAUCCUCUGCAUCUAAGCGUAGCGAAGUUUGGAAAUACUUUCAUCAAAAUGAUCAUCACGUAGUGUGCAAAAUCUGUCAAGCGAAACUGAGUUACCACAACAGCACCUCUACAAUGAGGAAUCAUCUUAAGUGCAAACACCGAAAUAUAAUAAUUGACGAACCUAGUAAUGAAGACACACAGCUGCCCAUCACCACGUUCGUGACUUCAAGUAGGCGGAGAUGUACCCCCGAGCGAGCCGAGAAGACCACUCAGCUCAUAGCAAAAAUGAUCUCAAGAGAUAUGCUUCCUUUAAGUUUUGUCGAGGGGGAAGGUUUUAAGGAAGUCUUGCAGUUUCUUGAACCAGAUUAUGACAUUCCUUCAUGGAGAACCAUAACAGCGAGAAUAGAGCUUCAACAUGAGAGUUCGGUUUCCAAACUCAAAUCUACUUUGGCGACAGUAGACUUCGUGGCCAUUACAUCUGACAGUUGGACAGCAUUAACCACAGAGUCCUAUGUCACUAUAACGUGCCAUUUUAUUGCUGAUACUAAGGUGAACAGUUACGUCCUGCAAACCCGAGCAAUGGAAGUGCGACACUCGGGUGCCAACCUGGCAGACUAUUUGAAGACAUCUGUAGAGCAAUGGGGCCUGGACGGCAAAGUGGUCGCGUGCGUGCACGAUAACGCAAGUAAUAUGAUAGCCGCAAACAGAGACAUGAACUGGGAAUCUGUACCUUGUUUCGCGCACACACUUCAAUUGGCCAUCAAUGAUAUAUUUAAAGCUGCAAGCAUGAAUAGACUAAUUGGUGCAUGUAGCAGACUUGUAGGACAUUUCCAUCACAGCAUGAUCGCCUCAAAUGCACUCAACAAAAACAAAGACCGUUAGAACUGCCUUUGCACAAACUUGUGCAAUACUGCAAAACACGUUGGAAUUUGGCUGCUGAUAUGCUCGCGCGUUUACAUGAACAGCGCUGGGCCAUCAUCGCCGUGCUCUCUGACAGGACUGUAACCAAACUGGCGGAUGCUAAAACCCUGGAGUUAAUCGAUGAUCACUGGCAGACAAUUGAGGAGAUGUUACAUGUCCUCCAGUCUCUCAAAACGGCAAGUGAAGCACUGGGUGGCAAAAAAUACGUGUCUGUCUCCAUGGUGUAUCCACUUGUGCAAAGCCUUCUAUGCAGGUUCGUCUAGUUCUAACGAAUGAAUGAAUAUAAGUUAAUAAUUUGUUCAGAUUCCUUUGAUGUUGAUUACUGUUUUUUUUUUUCUAAAUUAUUUUAUCUUUUUUUCUCUCUCUAUUUUUUUAAUAUAAGCAAAUAAAUUCAAACGAAUAACAUGUAGCUACAUUACUUUGAUGAGUGACUCCAGUCAGGAUUUAUUUAAAAGAUCACUUACAAAAUAAAUUAUAUACUGAAGAA